UACAAGUUUAAACAUUCACUUCAAAGAGGACAAGCUUAAAGAUACAUUUUUGGAAGAAAUCAGUUUGACCGGUCACUUUUUGAGUUUAUUAUAGAUCGCUUUGAACAACAUAUACACAACUAUCUCACACACUUUUGUGAAUAUUUAUCAAAAAUGGAACUUACACAAAAUCCUCUGGAGAAGAUCUGGGUGCCAUGGAUGAGCAGCAGGCUGAGACAGAGAAGAGGCUCAUCAGUUCCACAGUUCACCAAUUCCCCAACCAUGAUUGUGAUGGUUGGUCUGCCUGCCCGUGGAAAGACAUACAUUUCUAAGAAACUCACACGCUACCUCAACUGGAUUGGAGUUCCCACCAAGGUGUUUAACGUUGGACAGUACCGUCGGGAUGCUGUACGUACAUAUAAAAGUUAUGAAUUCUUUCGCCCAGACAAUGAAGAGGCCAUGAAGAUUCGCACAACAUGUGCUUUAGCUGCAUUGAAGGAUGUCUGUUGUUACUUCACUCAGUUUCAUGGACAAGUGGCAGUGUUUGAUGCAACCAACACAACAAAAGAACGAAGAGAGAUGAUUCUUAGCUUUGCUAAAGAGAAUGGCUAUAAAGUCUUUUUUGUUGAAUCGCUUUGUGAUGACUCAGAAAUUAUUGCAGAAAACAUCAAGCAAGUGAAGCUGAGCAGUCCUGAUUAUGUUGACUGUGAUAAAGAAGAAGCUGUGGAAGAUUUCCUCAAGAGAAUAGACUGCUACAAACUCACAUAUGUUCCUUUAGAUGAUGACAAAGACAGGAACCUGUCAUACAUUAAGAUAUUUGAUGUUGGCAGCAGAUAUCUUGUGAAUCAGGUUCAGGAUCAUAUUCAAAGUAGAAUUGUCUACUACUUGAUGAAUAUUCAUGUCACACCCCGCACUAUCUACCUCUGUCGGCAUGGUGAGAGUGAAAUCAACCUUUUGGGUCGUAUCGGAGGGGAUUCUGGCCUUUCAUCACGGGGAAUGAAGUUUGCUGCAGCUCUAGGCACCUAUAUCAGGGGUCAGCAUAUCCUGGACCUGAAGAUCUGGACCAGUCACAUGAGGAGAACAAUCCAGACUGCAGAAGCCAUUGGAGUGCCUUAUGAACAAUGGAAAGCUCUGAACGAGAUUGAUGCUGGUGUAUGUGAGGAUAUGACGUAUGAAGAGAUUCAAGAACACUUUCCUGAGGAGUUUGCCCUCAGAGACCAAGACAAAUAUCGUUAUCGAUACCCAAAGGGAGAAUCUUAUGAGGAUCUGGUUCAACGUUUAGAACCGGUAAUCAUGGAGCUUGAGCGCCAGGAGAAUGUUCUGGUCAUUUGUCAUCAGGCUGUCAUGCGCUGUCUGCUGGCAUACUUCCUGGACAAAACUGCAGAUGAGCUGCCUUAUCUGAAGUGUCCUCUGCAUACGGUGAUGAAACUCACUCCUGUUGCUUAUGGGUGUAAAGUUGAGUCAGUUUUCCUGAAUGUUGAAGCAGUAAACACACACAGAGAAAGACCUGAGAAUGUGGAUGUUGACAGAGAUCCAGAGGAUGCUUUACUGACCGUACCAGAACACAGCUAGACAAGAACACAAGAAUUACACUGGCUCAUUUCUCCUCCAAAAGAAUUAUGUUUUUCCUGAUGUGAGGCCAUCUGACCUCAAAUGUAGUUUAGCAAAAAUGGAUCUAUUAGUGAUGUAGACUGUGCCACUGUGAUGUUGUCAUACUAUGAACAAUGGAACAAUGUUAUUUUGAUCACUUACAUAGAUCUUGAUGUCAUGAGAUUAAAAAUAAUAAAGAUUAAUUAAGUUAAACGUUUAAA